AUGGGACGAUCAUUAACUAUAUGUAUUGCUGUUUUUGUUGUGGUUUUAAUUAGUGUGGCAAUCACAGUGGGUCUCGUUAUCGGACUACGAAAACGUAAUUCUGCAAUUCCAGAUUUAUCGACAAGUACUAUUUAUUCUGAUGUAAAAGACAUGGAACUGGUAGAUAUCGACAAUUUACGUGUGUUUGGAGUCAAAGAUUUCAAUGGUAAUAUACAAGCCGUACAUGCUAUCCAGACAAACGCCUCCAUAUAUAUGCUUGACAACGAUUUAAUCGCUCAGAUACAAACUGAAGGAUAUACUCUCUUAUUUAACUAUAACUAUACUAUUAAUGAGUAUUACGUUAUGUUUGUUUCCGAGAAUAAUUCGUAUCAGAUACCAUCUACGUACAAAAUUCCGACUGUAAAAUUUCCAAACAUCGAGUUUAAAUAUCCUAUGGACGCUAAUAUGUCCAAUCCUUUUACUGGUCUCAUCAUCGAAUUAAAGGAUAGUGUAUCAGAUAUUUUGAUCAAUGAUGCUAUUUUACAAUUCAAUUAUCAUGAUAGUCAAUACGGCAAUAGAAGUGUAACCAUGAUUAAUACAGGCGCUGGACGAUAUUAUGCUCUAUUACCUACUGUUAACAAAGAAAAAGAUCCAUAUUUCGAAACGAAAAAUGUAUAUGAAACCGUUUCUCAGCAAAGUGAUUCUCUCAUUGAAUUAUUACAAGUAUAUCCUAUAGAUGAUAUAUUAUCCAAAAUACCAAAAACGACUAGAUCAUCUCUCUAUGAUAUCGCCAAUGAGAUGAAGAAUACAAUUCCAGAUGCUUUACGUACAGCAUCCAAAUAUGCUAGUCACAUUCCAACACAAUCGGAAUCAUCUAGUGGUAAUAUGAGUCGUUUUGAGAUCAUAGUUCGUAUACCAGGAGAACUUCCAACAGUCAUAUCACUUGGUAAUAUCCCUAUAGAUCUGAAUGAUUUAACAGAAAUUUCUCGCAAAGUUACGACCUCCAAGGGAAAGUGUAACGAAAUGACAGUAGCCGGUGGUAACAAACCUGACAAACAAACAAUUCGUAUCGGCAAAGGACACGUAGCUCUUCAGUUUCACUACGAAACUUUUAUUAUUAGGGAUAAAAUCGAUGUUUACUAUACAGGAAAACUAUUAUUUACAAGCGAUUGCGUCGGUACGAACGGCGAGAGAAUCGCGAUGUUAAGAUUAGAUGAUGAUGACGCUAACUUAGUAGUUGAUGUAACACCAAAUUGUGCGGGUAAUACAAGUACAGCAUGGAAUUACGCAAUAGAGUGUCCAAACACUGAGUUAGUGUGUAAAUCCAAUCUUUGCGGUUGUGGUAUGAAACAAAAACCAUCUAAGCAAGUUCUUCCACCAACAAUGGAUGGAUGCGGAACAAAUCACACAAAAUGGAAUUAUUGGGCAAUUCAUUGGAUUGGAGAGCAUUACAAAUUCACAUCAAUAUGCGAUGAACAUGAUCGAUGUUAUGGAACAUGCAAUACAAAUCGAUUAAAUUGUGAUCAAACAUUUUGUUCUGGUUUAUUGGCAUCCUGCAAAACUAACUGGAGCACAGAUCAGAUAAGAUUCAAGUUCUGCAAAAUGUGGGCAGGAACAUACUGUAAUGCUGUCAAACAUUACGCUUCUGGAGCCUUCGAAAAUGCACAAAAUGAAGACUGUUGGUGUGAGGAUACAUAA